AUGGCCGAGGGAAUGUUCAAAGCAUUGUUGUCUAUUUUUGCGGCCACGGCGUUUGCUAUGGCCGAGGUGGCUCGUGGACAGCGAGUGCCUUGCUAUUUUGUUUUCGGAGACUCAGUCUUCGACAAUGGUAACAACAAUGACUUGAAUACCUCAGCCAAAGUUAACUAUUCACCUUACGGUAUUGGAUUUGCUAGAGGUCCUACUGGCCGGUUCAGCGAUGGUCGUAAUAUUCCCGACUUUAUCGCUGAACUAAUGAGAUUCAGUGAUUACAUUCCACCGUUCACCGGAGCAUCGCCGGAACAAGUUCACACCGGAAUAAACUACGCUUCUGGUGGCGGCGGAAUUCUCGAAGAAACUAGCCAACAUUUGGGUGAUAGGAUCAGUUUUAAAAGACAAAUAAAGAAUCACCGGACGAUGAUUAUGUCGGCGAAUGGGUCACCGGAUAAGCUGAAGAAAUGUUUAUACACAAUUAAUAUUGGAAGCAAUGAUUAUCUCAACAAUUAUUUCAUGCCAGCUCCGUACAUUACCAAUCGCAAGUUUACUUACGAUCAAUAUGCUGAUUCCCUCAUUCGACGCUAUCGCUCUCAUUUGAAGUCAUUGUAUGUCCUAGGAGCAAGAAAGGUGGCGGUGUUUGGGGUCAGUAAGCUCGGAUGCACGCCACGGAUGAUAGCCUCCCAUGGAGGCGGUCAAGGCUGCGCCGCUGAGGUAAACAAAGCGGUUGAACCUUUCAACAAGAACCUCAGGGCUCUCGUCAAUGAGUUCAAUACAAACUUCGCCGAUGCUAAGUUCACCUUCGUCGAUAUGUUCUCCGGCCAAACUCCUCUAGCGUAUGCUGCCUUAGGGUUUUCGGUAACGGACAAGAGUUGUUGUACGGUAGAACCAGGACAAGAGCUAUGUGCGGCGAACAAACCGGUUUGUAAGUCUCGAGAACGGUAUGUGUACUGGGACAAUGUCCACAGCACUGAGGCGAUCAAUGAGGUUGUGGCGAAUACUGCGUUUGCUGGAGUCAUUACUUUCCCUUAUAGCAUUGCUUUACUUGGAAUGCUAUAG